AUGCCGCACGUCUCAAUAGGAAAGUUGUUGGCCUUGGUACUUGUAGUUGUAGUUGUGAUUUCGAACGCAGAAGUUGAUAGACCCAGUUGCGAGGUCAUGGUGAAGCACUGUCAAGACGCGUACGAAGGAGGUGGGAUCACGAAGAACCAGUUGGUGUGCAGCUGUCUGCGGGAGAAGUGUGGACCGACAACACUUCCGUGUAAAACCCCUGAUGACUGCGCGAUCGAAAUCUUCACUCUCCUAGAUGACUGCAUGGUUGCUGCUUAA